AUGUUCUUGGCGUGGGAGCGGAACCUAUUGAACACUAAACUGGUUUUCCUGGACCUCCGCUACAACACGUUUUCUGGCUUCCUUCCCCCAGAGGUCUUCACCACCCUCCGCGAGAUCGAGUUCCUGGGCUUGAACAACAAUGAAUUCUCGGGCACAAUCCCCGACACCAUUGGCCAAAGUGUUGCCAAGUACAUCAUGCUCGGCAACAACAACUUUGUCGGCUCCAUCCCUGCAAGCCUUACCAAAGCCCACAAGCUCAAAGAGAUCCAGCUGUUGGGAAACAGGCUGACGGGCAACAUCCCUGCCGACCUCUCCGCUCUCCGCCACCUCAUGCUUUUCGACGCCUCGGUGAACCAGCUGAGUGGUUCCAUUCCUGCCGGCCUAAAUAGUCUGCACAAGCUCUCAGUUUUCAACGUCUCGAACAACUUUCUGACGGGCAGCAUCCCCAACGACUUUGGCACUAUCCACGGCCUCCAGUACCUCGACGUCUCAGUAAACCAGUUGACAGGCUCCAUUCCUUCCAACCUCGGCAACGUCCACGACCUCUUGUAUCUCGACGUCUCGAGCAACCAGCUCCAGGGCAAGAUUCCUUCCAGCCUCGGCAAAGUCCACGGCCUCCAGUACCUCAACGUGUCCAACAACCAGCUCCAGGGUACCAUCCCUCCCCAGUUCACAGCCAUCCAAAGCCUCACUUCCAUCGACAUCUCGAACAACCACAUCACCGGCACCAUUCCCGAUGAUCUCUGUGCCCUCAAGAACAUCACAAAAAUCAUUGUGUCCGGUAACCAGCUGUCCCGGGACCUCGGUCCCAAGUGCACCCUCGCCAAGUCCCAAGGUAUCUUGGUGUGCUAG